CUCUCUAUAUAUAUCACCACUUGCAUUUUUGGACUGUACGGGCUCAUCACACAAUGUCUCUGUCUCGCCAUUUUUCGCGCUUUCCCACGCUGUCUUCUUAAUAUAUUUCAGACAAUUUUUUCUAGUUAUAGUUCGCGGAGGGGUGUUCUGGAUUUUUAUUAUUUUUUCGAACAUCAAGUGGGUUCUGAAUUAUUUAUCAUAGAAAGUAAAUAAAAAAAAUGGCCUCAGUUGGAAUUCGAUCAUUGAGUUUGUGUAAAUCGUUAGAUUUGGAAUAUUCCGAGGCGCUAUGUGCGAAGUUGAGGCCUGUAAAGGUGUCGGUGUUUAAUUUUACGUGUAAAAAAUUGAGGAUUUCCGGAGGAGAUACGAGAUCGAAUUUUUUGGAGCCUAUAAAGGCAAUGGAUGCUUCCAAAACGACAUCGGACGUCAAUGGCGGUUGCAAUGCUAUUGAUGAUUUCUUGACAACGGAUUGUGAUGGUUUCCCAGGUAAAAGUACGCCCAAGAUGUCAACAGUUGGAAAUUCGACCAAUAUUCAAUGGCAUAAAUGUUCUGUAGAAAAGAGUGACAGGCAGGAAUUGCUUAAACAAAAAGGCUGUGUAAUUUGGAUCACUGGACUCAGUGGUUCAGGAAAGAGCACUUUGGCAUGUGCUUUAAGUCGUGGCCUACAUGCUAGAGGAAAGCUAACCUAUAUCCUUGAUGGAGAUAAUGUUCGGCACGGGCUAAACAGCGAUCUUAGUUUUAAAGCUGAAGAUCGAGCAGAGAAUAUCAGAAGGAUUGGAGAAGUAGCUAAGCUCUUUGCUGAUGCUGGAGUUAUUUGUAUUGCAAGUUUGAUAUCACCCUACAGGAAGGAUCGAGAUGCCUGUCGAGCUCUACUGCCAAAAGGAGACUUUGUCGAGGUAUUCAUGGAUGUACCUCUACAAGUGUGUGAGGCAAGGGAUCCAAAGGGGUUGUACAAGCUUGCACGAGCUGGAAAAAUCAAAGGUUUCACAGGCAUUGAUGAUCCAUACGAGCCACCACUAAAUUCUGAGAUAGUGUUACAUCAAAGAGAAGAGAAGUGUGAUUCUCCAACUCAUUUGGCCGAAGUAGUGAUUUCAUACUUGGAGGCAAAGGGUUACUUGGAAGCAUAAUUUGCAAUUCAAAACUAGCCAUUCUCCUGCAACCAAGAAAACUCCGUCUUUUUGCCUUUUGCAUAUAUUGUUGUAAUUAUUUAUUUGAUCAAUCAGUCUGUUGUUCGCCAUAUUCUCUGGCAAUUUAAAUCUAAUAAAUAGUGCGAAAUUAAAUAAUAAACUUCAUAUAUUUUAUGAUUUAA